CACUACGAGAUCAAGUGUGGGAGGGUGUGUGUUUGUUUGUGUGUCUGAGAGACAGAGACGCAGAGACUUAUUGGACAACCACUGCAUGGUGAAGCCAACAGAGUAGCCUUUAAUAACACAGAAGAAGAGUUGCAGGAAAAGUCAGAAGAGGAGGGAGUUUUGUUGGAGGAAGAAAAAAAAGAGACUGAGAGAAGCCCCCACUCCCCCUACCUUACCCAGAGAGGAGGAGGUAAAGCGCCGGUAAGCAGAUAUUAAUGACCUGACAAAAAAAAGCACAUAACAUCCCCCGCGUUGAUCAGACAGCCUUACACUGGAGCCGCGCAACAUAUACACACACACGCAGGACGAGCCCCCCCCCCCGUCACCGAGUUCCACUCACUCAUGAUUAUCACUCCCACCACGCGCAGACACAAGGGCCACGCUUACACAGCCAGAGGAGUGGAGCAGAGAAGAGGACCCUCGCACUGUCGUUGGACUUUGUCAAAGUAAAAGUCUUACUUGGAUUUUCUUCUUUUUUUUUUCUUUUAAAAACCCUAAAGCCAGAGUCCUCCUUUUGUGCUGACCUUUUCCAAGCCCUCCCCCUUCCCAGGAGCAACAAUGAGCUGCAGGAAAAGGUGCAAACGGGAGAUCUUCAAGUUCGCACAGUACCUGUUCAGACUUGUCACAGGCACGCUCAACACCGACAGCGUUGAAGAUGAGCUCGAACUAUCUGCAGUCCGCCAUCGCCCCGAGGGCCUGGAACAACUCGAAGCCCAGACACGUUUCUCCCGCAAGGAGCUACAGAUCCUUUACCGCGGCUUCAAGAAUGAAUGCCCCAGUGGAGUCGUCAACGAAGACACUUUUAAAGACAUCUACGCGCAGUUCUUCCCGCAAGGAGAUGCUUCAACAUAUGCACACUUCCUGUUCAAUGCAUUUGACACAGAUCACAAUGGCUCUGUGAGUUUUGAGGAUUUUGUUAUGGGCCUUUCUAUCCUUCUGCGAGGCACAAUCCAGGAAAAACUCAACUGGGCUUUCAACCUGUAUGAUAUCAAUAAAGAUGGCUAUAUCACAAAAGAGGAAAUGCUAGACAUCAUGAAGGCCAUCUACGACAUGAUGGGCAAAUGCACAUACCCUGUCCUCAAAGAGGAGACGCCGCGUCAGCAUGUAGAAGUAUUCUUUCAGAAGAUGGAUAAGAAUAAAGAUGGGGUGGUAACCAUAGACGAGUUCAUCGACUGCUGCCAAAAUGAUGAAAACAUCAUGCGAUCAAUGCACCUCUUUGAAAAUGUUCUUUAACUCUUGGCUGACUGUGGAGGCUUUGGAAGAGAACAUCAUCUUUAGCUUGGCCCACUAACUGACUUGGACUCAUACCGUGUACAGAGUGCUAUGCAGACUUUUGACCGUAGAUAAAAUAUUGUUCAUUACCGCGGGCCACAAGUAGGAGUAGGCAAUACGGUGUGAGCACUCUGGAAUGAGUCGCCUUUUUGAACAUUUUACUGAAUACUUAACUUCAAAGUUGACUUCCACCAGUUUCUAGUGAAGGGGGGGCGUUAGCUUCUGACAUUAUAAACACACAGGAAAAAAAGACAUGCCUGAUGAAGGGGUUUAGACCGGUUCCUUCAUCUGUGUUGCAGCCUUGACGUGUUUUAUUUACUGCCAGGUGAAAUCACUGUGACUUUUUACAGCAUCAGAAAAAAAAACAAACACUGAACAAAAUAUCGUCUGUUUUGACAUUCCAGACUGGCUCUCACUUCCAGAGUGUUCUCACCCCCGACUUAGUUAACCAUUGUGGUUGUGUCUUUUUGCUCUUUUGAAGGGCGCAUUUAGAGAGAGAGAAAAAAAAUAUACAUUGUACCAUUUUCAAUUGUGUAUAUACUACAGAUAAAGCAUUAGAUGAGAAAUCUAUGAGAAACUCUGUUCAUGUUUACUUGCCAACUAGAAAGAGACAACACGAGGAUUGUAUUGAUGUCAAAAACCGGACCAUACUAUCGAUGGUUUGUCUACAGAAGCACACAGGUAGCUAUAUUUACCAUGAGUAUCACAUUAGCCUUCAGUGUAUUUCAUUAACCCUAUAUAUGUAUAUUCCUUGUAAAGUAAACCAACUGUCAUUUUGUUUUUGUUUUUACACUAAGAGCAGUGCUUAAAGUUAUUUAUAUGGUAUUAUGGUCACUGUACAGCAUUAAAUGAAAGUUCGCGCUCGGGUGCAUUUCAGGUCUUUAGAUUUCUUCAUGUUUUUAAUCAGAAAGGGCAGUGGGCUUUGCUUGUUGUUACAAACACUGCAACUUUGUAUUAUACUCGUCAUUUUUGGACCGUCGGCUAAUGCGCUUCCUGCUGUUUCCCUCCUCCUCGUCCCUGCGGGCUCAAGUCCAGCUGCCUGCACCUAUAUAGCCUGAUUGGUUCUUGCUGCCCGUGAUUACAGCACUGUUUGGCGCCCAAAAUGUGAGCAAACACUAGGCAUGCUGGGUAGAAGUCUCACUCACUGACUUCCUGUUGCUUGUUGGAAACUACUGGAUCACUGGGAGAAGUGUCGCCGACAUUAUGUUAGUAAGUUACAGCGAUAUGUCAUUUUUUCUUCUUUUCCACAAUGACUUGGAUCUUGGAUACAGGAAGUGUCCAUCAAACCAGCUACAUAUUUGAGAAUCGGUUAUUUUUUGACAGUUUAUCGUGUUAAGAUUGUGUUCAAAUUCAAUGUUCAGUCAGUAUGCCACCACCCUGUAUUACUGGGAGUAAACAGUCAUAAAGAUAUAACUCUCCUCAGUGAGGCAUGUUGCUCAUUCAUUUGUUGAGUAAAGAGAGUAGCACAUUUUCUCAGUUGUAUUCUUUUUACUUAUGUUAUAAUGUGUAUGUAUUUCCAUCAAACCUGCCGUUUCUUUGCUUAGUUUGUGUGCCUUACUGUUUGUAAAAUGAUUUGUUUAUAUUUGGUUGGCAGUAGUCUCACAAAUAUGGUUAUGACCUGAUGAAAUGGUGGGGCACACAUUUUUACAACAUUAUCCACUUUUAAACACCUACAAUAGCAUUUCUGCAUUUCUCCUGUAAAUAGUAUCUCAAGCUCGGAAAGGUGAAAAGUGAACAAAAUAAAUUAUACACCUUAAACUUC